CUAUAUUUUGAAACUUCGCAGAAGCAUCAUGUAAAAAAUGUUCACAGUCACACUGAUCUCUUGAUUUAUAUAUACCAGCAUUUCUAGCUCUUCAAUCCCAUUCAUUUAAUUUUUUUGUUUCUUUUAUCUUGAGAAUUGUCGGAAAACUCUUGUUAGUUAAUUUGUUGAGAAAGAUGAUGAAAGAAAGCAUGGGAAAUCCCCUGUGUCUAAAGUCGUUGAAUCACAUCUCGCUUGUUUGCAGAUCGCUGGAGAAAUCUCUUGAUUUCUACCGGAAUGUUCUUGGUUUCUCUUCCAUAAGAAGGCCCGGUUCCUUUGAUUUUGAUGGUGCAUGGCUAUUCAAUUACGGAAUCGGCAUACACCUCAUCCAAUCCGAAAACCCAGAAAACAUGCCAAAGAUUACCCACAUCAAUCCCAAAGACAACCACAUUUCUUUCCAAUGUGAGAGCAUGGCAAAUGUGGAGAAAAAGUUGAAGGAGAUGAAGAUAGAGUACGUGAAGAAUAGAGUGGAAGAGGGCGGGAUUUACGUGGAUCAACUCUUCUUCCACGACCCAGAUGGCACGAUGAUCGAAAUCUGCAACUGCGACAACCUCCCUGUGAUUCCUCUAUCUGCUGACAUCGUCCGAUCAUGCUCACUUGUCAAUUGCAUUAAUGUCCAGCAGCAACAGCAGAUUCAACAAAUGAUCGAAAUGCCACCGCAGCAACGGUUGACAUGCCUACCUUCUGUUCACAUAACGGAAGAUUAUCUUCACUGUGCCUAAAACAAACCUCCACAACUUUUUUUUUUCUUAUGUCAUUUUGUAUGCAGUACCUUUUUGCAGAACAAUCGUCGUAUAUACUCCCAGUGAUUUCCCUCCUUCUGUCCGUCUUCUCUCGUGCAAUAAGUUCUGUUUUGCUCACAUGAACAGCUCUUAAAACAUGUAUUGGGAGGUGUA